GUAGGUAAAUACAUUCACUUGAGGGUGUCUAACAUUUGGCACCCCCAAGUGGUUAAUGACUUUCCUUCUCAUUUAAUACAGUUGUCUCAUUAAUCGGGCAGGACUGAAAAUUUUGAUCUGACACCUUUGAAGGUUCCCGAACAUUGUAACGUUAAUGCUGAAUCAUCAGAUAGAGCUAAAGAAUUAUUUUUGUUUUUACCUGCAUAUCUGAAGGUUCAGCUCUUAACGUUAGUAGAGUGGACGAAAGAUCUUUCGUAUGACCAAUGGGAAAGAUUGUAAUUGUAACAUGUAUGGCCACCUUUACUCUUGGUGGAUCAAACAUUAAUUUCACAGAUUAUGUGAUUUACUUACACCGAGAGGUAUAAAGUCUUAUACAGUCCUGAAAGAAAAUGAUCAUACUGUAUCUCCCAUCUGAAUUUUUUCAUUACUGCCAAAUAACCAAUUUUUACAUAGCACAAUAUCUUUUGCAUCCAAUCCCAGAAGGGUCCCCCCAUUGAAGCUCUCCUUAAAAACCUGAACUGACCACUGGGAUAAUCUCUCAACUAUACUCACAGUUAAUGGAAGUAGACCUGGAUUCCGCAGGCAUCUAGGAAACUGAUUUGCAAUAUGUGAAACUGGGUGGGGUAAAAUCUGGACUGCAGCACUCAAAAUCUACCCCUGUAUUAGUAUUUAAGAUCAUUGCGUACACAAUAAAACUAAUAUUAUAGCCUUCAUGUGUUCCUAAUUUCCCUCCUUCGUGUUUUAAAGUUUGCACAGACAGGGAAACAUAUAAAACACAUAACCACUCUUGGGUACAGUAGUGUUUAAACACUUUCAAAUACUGUCUUAGUUGAUUAAUGUCAACAUCAACCCAGACUCAGAUGGCUUUGUUUCUGCUGGCUCAACUAAAAGCCAUAUAUAUUUCAUGUACUAUCUCACAGCAUUACUGAAUGCUAAAUAGUUCUUAAUAUUUUUAACAUGGGAUAUACAGACUCAAAACAAAUUUCAAAAUGAAUGAGGGAUGUUAGUAUGGAAGUCUGAGAGAAUUAAUUCUCUCAGUCACAGGGUUUAAUCAAUAAGAUUCCGCAUGUUGUAUUCACUAGGCUUACAUGAGAACCUGAUAUGACAGAAAGCUACAAAAGGAGGAAAGGAGGUGAAAAACAUAUAAAACACAAGUGCACUGGUCUUUAUUUGUUUGCAUAUGUUAACAAAUGUGUUAGCUGGCUUGCAGUGCUUGGGUGGUAGGUUCAGUUCCAGCCAGUGUGUUAUCUGCAAAGUUUGUAUGUUCUCCCAGUGCUUGUGUGGGUUUCCUCCAGUACUCCAGAUUCCUUCAACACUCCAAAAAUAUGCAAGUUAGGUAAAUUACCAUAGUGUGUGUGAAAGCAAUAGGGACCUUAAACUAUAAAUUCCAAUGGGCGAAUGAAUAAUGUAUAAUAUGUGUGAUGUGCUGCUCAAUAUGUUGUAAAGAUAAAUAAUCUGACUGAAACGAUUGCCUUGAUUGAUUAAAAUUUUGCAAAAAAAUCCAAUUUAAUUAGUAGACAUCAUCUUAACAGCCUGUUUUGCAGGAUCUGGAUUUGGCUGAAUCCUGAGUUCCUGGCUAAACCCAAUCUGAAGCAUAAUAUUGCAUGAAUUUAUACAACUGAUUUAUUGUAGGUGAUAAUUUUUGGAGGAAUUUUGCUCAUCUGCAUAAACAAAUUCGUAUUUGGAUUCACUUUGGGAUUCAGGUUAACCCUUUGUGGUGUAUUCAGUAUUUGGCCAAAACCUAAAAUCAAGGGUUUUCUAAAUCCCUAUUUCAUUGACAGAGAUUUUCAACUAGGAUGUGACCCGUGUAACUUUAUCUUUGAUAAAGGAAGACUGUCUCCAAAUAUAAGAGGACUAAUUAGUAAUUUUUUGAGAUGAGGGGGAAAAAUGUGUGUCCAAAAAAAAAAAAAAACUGCAACAAAGACACAACAGAAUAUUCUUGUGCAUGUUUUUUCAUACAAAGAAAUCCCACCCCGUGAGAAUCACAUGGUUUCAUUCAUUUUCAAUGAGGCACCAGGAAUAUAUAUAUAAAUACUUUAUAGAUUAUUUCCGUUGACUUCUAUUGAACUGUGCCAAAAAUGUUCACAGGUUUUUUCUUUAAUAAAUACUAUUUAAUUAUUUGAGGUUCCAAAGAAUAUUCACAAAUAUAUUUGCAUUUGUGCUUUAUUCACUGCUUUUUUUCAUUAAUGCUAAUAGGCUUUAUAACGGCGCUUCUUCACCAGCACGUGCCAUACGACUUUUGUUUGGAGCAUAUAAUGUACAUUGGUAAUGAAAAAGGUACAUACAUGACAAAAAGUUACAGAAAAUAUAAACAGGUAUCUAUGCUGAGGGCUAACAAACAUUAGGGGGCAUAUUUCUCAAAAUUCAAGACAACAUUUUUUAUGUGAUUCGCAUUUUUUGGCAAAAAAAACCAUGACCGUGAUUUUAUAAUUCAUUUCUGCAAUCUUAAAUUUUUGAGCUUUAUCAAGGAAACAGAAUUUAAAGACUCAAAAAAAAUUGGGCAGCUAAAAAUCAGCAAGCGUUUGUAGAAUUCAAUGAGAGUUGUAUUUCCAAUAUUCAAGCUAUUUUAAGAAUCUAGUUGUUUAAAAAAAUCACGGUUUUGGAGAUAUAAUGUGAUUUUAGUGCACAAUUUAAUGCGAUCAAGUUUUUGCUAUUCAAGUUCUUCCAUAAAUAAGCUAGCAAUCGAGAUUUUUAGGAAUCUGAGUUUGAUAUUUUUUCAGUUUGAAAAAAGCUCAUCAAAAUUCCUUUAAUUAAGAUUUUAAUAAAUUUGCCUUUUUUCUAAAUCUUAAUUCACCCAUCUCUUCAUAAUUUAAAGAGUUAAAUUAGAAUAUUGAGAAAUAUAAUGCGUGUAUAAAGUGUGAACAUUUUUUUUCUUUUAGGCAAAAAUGCUACAUUCUGGUCGUGUUGCAAGUUAUUUUUAAUCACAAUGGACUGGUUUGAAUUAUUGGAACAUGGAGUCACCUAUAGGUGGAAAUAACAGAAGAUUUGUUAAAACUGAAACAUAAGUGAAAGAUAAGCAGAGUGUGACACUGAAGAUUGGAUGGUAUUUAAACAAAGUUGUCUUUUCUGUGCAGCUAACAUGGAUGAUGACUCCGGUCUUCUUGAUUUUAUUGGUGACACCCAAGAACUGAAUUUCUUUUGGCAUGGAUCUGCUGAUGAACUUACAAGUACAUCUCUUUCUGCUCCUAACACAAAUUCCAUAUUCAACAGUGCUAGUCAUGCUGAUUCGAAAUCAUCAAUCAGAGGUGUACAUAACCAAUCAGCAGAAGGCCAUAAUGAUGGAUUACAGCCUUUAAGUAGUCUUCAUUUUCUUGAUGAUGAACUUGAAACUUCCCCUAUUCAUGAUAUCAAUGAAGACCAACCCUUUGAUAUUCUUCAAAAAUCACUGCAAGUGGCCAAUAUCACAGAACAGACAUUGGCAGAAGAGGCUUAUUUAGAUAGCAGUGUAGUCUCCAGCCAACAGUUUGCAACUGCUUCAGUUCACUCUCAUUCAUCCUCAUCCUUUGCUCAGGCUACAAGUAUCCCUAAUUACUCAGGUCAAACAGUGCAUUCAGUAGGAGUGACACAUAUGCCUCUUGUGCAGCAGCAAGUAGGCACAUCAUUUGUAAGCAAUACAGUCGGUGUUCAACACGGUUUUAUGCAACAUGUAGGAAUUAUUCCUAGCCAACAUAUGCCCAGUAGUAACCAAAAUUCUUCUGGGCAGAUUCAUUUAAUCGGUUCUAUUAAUAAUCAGCCUCCAGUGAUGGCUAUUAACAACAUAGAUGGAUCACAAAUAAUACUCAAAAGUGGACAACAAAUCCCCUCAAAUUCUAGUGGGGGAUCAUUUGUUAGACAUAAUGGAAACGCAAUGUUUGGAAGCCCAGAUUCCAGCCCAGCAGGGCAUCCUGUCACAGUGCCGUCUUGUGGAAGUAACUUCCAAACUUCUUUACCUGUUCACAACAUUAUUAUACACAGAGGCUCUGUCCCUAAUGCUAAUAAAAUGCCUAUAAACAUUCAGCCAAAGCCAAUACAAGCUGGACAGAUACCAUAUAAUGUGAAUCAUUUAGGUAUGCAACAACAUCAUGUGCAUCAUUCUUCUGCAAAUUCCCCACAAAACUCAGCAGUUAGCCAGCAGCUGCCUAUUCAUCAACAGGGCCAUCAUAAGCCAAUAGGUCAACAGCCUGGAAGCAGCAUUGUUAUCCAUUCUCCAAUGGGUCAAGCACAUGGACAUACCAAUCAGUUUGUUAUACCUGCAGGUCUUUCUGUAAAUUCUAAUCCAGUCCAACACAUUCAGUCCAUAAAUACACAACUUGUACAGACUCAGACAGCCCAACUUGGUCCUCAUCAAGUAUCUGCAGACCAUGUAAUGCUUAGCAGAAACAUAGCUAAUAUGGUUAGGCCUAGUCAGCCAUAUUCUGGACAAAUGUUAAACAGUCAAGGUACAGCUGUGCAGCUUAUUUCUGGCCAGACAUUUGCUGGACACAAUGGACAAUUUAUUGUAAAUCAUGGAACGUCUCAUAUUGUUGGAGGACAGAUGUCACAAGUGUCACCUACAGUUUUACAUUUGUCACCGAGUCCGAGUAAUAAUACUCAGAGUAGAUCAACUUUUUCAUCUUUGCCACAUAGCAACCCCAACAUGUCUUCUUCAAGUCAUUUUACUGUGUUAAGUUCUGGAACAGUUCUUCAGAGCAUGGGACCAUCAUUUCACACAUCUACAGGAGGUGAACAUUUUACUGGAGAUCAGCAACAAAGUAGAAGCCAUUCUGGAAUAAGUGAAGCUCACGUUCAAGCAUCAACAGACCAGCCUGCGAACAUUUUUAACUCCACAUCUGGAUCUCAACAUACAUUUUCCUGUGGACAGGCCCAGAAAGAAGUUGUGGACCAGGUGUAUUCUGUUUCAUCACUGAAUACCCAGGAAAACAGCAGACAACACCAGCUGUGCACCACUACACUUGCAGGUCACAACUCUGGAAGCAAACAGUUGCACACUGUAUCUACAGCACGACCACAAGAAAGUAUUGCUGAGACACAACUGCGGCCUGUGGAGGUUGGUGGAUGUUCAGGAAGAAUGGAGAUGUCUGGUCCUAGGCAACUUAGAAAAGCAUCUUUAAUUCUUCAGCGGUUACAUAAGGAUCAAGAACAUGCUGUUUUUCUAGAUAAAACCCCAUUUGGGUCUUUAAAUAAUGCUGCUGAAAGACUUCUCCCAUACCAUGUGUUCCAGGGAUCACUUCCAACAGAUGAAGAUUUGAAAAAAGUUGACAAUGAAUUUGAGUCAGCCUCAAUACACCUUUUAAAGAAGACACAGUCAAUGCUAAACAAGUAUCGCUUGUUGCUGUUAGAAGAUGCAAUGAGGAUAAAUCCUUCGGCAGAAGUUGUGAUGUUGGACAGAAUAUUUAAUCAGGAAGAAAGAGCUACCUUAACAUGUGAGAAAAGAUGUGCACUUGUUGACCCAGAUGGCUACUUGGCAGAAUUUUGUUGCUCAUCCAAAUAUCAACAAGAAUCUAUGGUUGAAAAGCUACUUACUGAUCUUGAUUCCAACGAAACUGUUGCAGAUCCAUCUCAAAAGGUUAGAGAUAAAAAAGACCAAACAGAUUUAACUGAAUCCAGCAAAAAUGACUCCAUUUGCCUUGUGUCUCACAAUAUAAAAUCACAGAUGCCUAAUGCUUCUUCACUGAAAAAAGAGGAGGUGUGUAACGAUGGGAAGUUAAAUAAAAUAGGUGCUUCUCCAAGGAAACAUCAACUAAAUAUAUAUAGAGAGAAGACCUUGCUUGGUGAUGGAUGCAGCCAGCGUCCCUCAGGAUUAUGUAAAGUGUCAACUGACAAUUCUAAAGGUCUUAAAAGAGCUAAGCUUACUUUUGAAGGAACCAUGGAAGCAGCAGAAGAGAAGUGUCCCCAAGUCUCAACUCCAGGACCAUCUGCACAAAAUGAUAAACCAAGCAUCUUAGGUCAAACGGAUCCAAAUGUGAAAAGCUUAAUGCACAGUUCAAAAACAAAUGCGAUGGACCAAAAAUUAAGUGAAAAGCACUUAGAGAACAAGCAUUGUGGAAGCAAUUCAAAACAGACCAAAUUUUGGAAAAGUUCACCCACUGCAUCCAAUGAAAACUCUGGGGACAAAAGUUUUUCCGAUACCAGAGGAAGUGUAUCAGAAACAGAUUCAGUUUUAGAAGCAGCUGUAAAUAGCAUCUUAGAGUGUUGAGAGAGAAUUUUUCAUCUUGUCAAGUAAAACUUGCAUACAAUGUGACAGAAGCAAUAGUUACUGCAUCCAUAAACAGGCCCGAGAAAGUUGGGUUCUUUGCUAAACGCAUAAUUUUAGUGCUCAUCUGCUUUGCUUCAACAGUUAUGAGCACGCCUGCCACAGACAAUCAGGAUGGAAAUGAAACUACAAAUCGAUUUUUUUUUUGUUGUUUUUUUUUUUUUUGUUAUACAUUUAAUUAAAAUCGAAUUCAUUUCAUUUUAUUAUUUUCUUCUUCAACAAAUACAAGCACUUUUCAUUUGAAUUCUUUGUUGUUGAGGAAUAGCAGCUGUGAAUAGAAAGUUACCAUUACAUUUCCUUUGAAGGAUAUCAAGAGCGCAGCUCCGGUUGUCGAAGUCACUGCAUUGUCUUGGGUUGGGAAGCCAGCGAAUACGAUUGAGUAGAGAUUCUUUUCUAUAGCAUUCCACAGUAUAGUACAGUAGUAAUUUGGUCCAUUUAGCUUGAGCUGCCCACUGUACACAUAAUUUGCACAAAGUGAAGAUACUGCACCUUUUUUUGAAAUAUUUGAACAUUGUGCUUUUGCUGGGAAAUUAAUUUUCUGUUUCUAAUACCUUUGUCAGCAGCUCAGAACAGAACCACAACUCUCUGGUGAUGGACAUCAAUUAAUGUAUUUCAUGUUUUAUCAUUACUUGUUGGAUGGUAAGGACAUAUUUUUAGUAACAAGCGUCAGUAGCAAACAUAAAAGUCUGAUUCAGUUUCAGUAACCACAACCAUAGCUUUUAACUAUGGUAUUGAACGUCUGAGGUCAAUUGGAAAUAUGAUUUAAGAAAAUAUAAUUAUCAGCAAUCCAAAAACCCAGAGACAAAAUUGUGCUGGUGCUGCUUGCGAAAGAUUAAGUUAACAUUCCAUUUCUAGAUACUGAAUAGUACCCAAUGUAUGCACUGUGCUAUUUACAUUUGGUAUGAUUAAACUUACGGGCUUUGUC